GCACUUGUUUGAUCCACCUCAUCUUUAAACGCAGCACGCGGCACGCGGCAACGCUCGCGCCCUCCUCGCCUUCCCCGUCGUUCACACUUCGCCCCAGCCGCCCCGAGGUCGAGCAUUCCAUAUAUUGUCCCACCGCCGUGAACUGGCCAUCCGUCUCUCUUUAUCGUCCUCUCUCCUUCUCGUCCUUUCCUCGACUUUACGAUGGCAGACUACUCCAACGCCGAGAUCUCCUCCCACACAAAACCCGCCCUCAUCAACUAUGUCGCGGCCAUCUUUGCAGCCAUAGGCUCGUUCCUCUUUGGCUAUGACUCGGGCAUCAUCGGCAGCGUGAUCAGUGAAGGCUACACCCAUUUCUGGGACUACUUCAACCCCAGUGACAGUGUGAAAGGCGCCAUCGUCUCCGUGUUUGCGGGCGGGGCAUUCUUCGGAGCACUAGUUGCAGGCCAAACCGCCGACCGCAUCGGCCGCAAGCGCACGAUCCAGCUUGGCUCCCUUAUCGCCAUCAUUGGCUGCACACUCCAGACUGCGGCGAUCAACAACGCAAUGCUCAUCGUGGGCCGUCUCAUUGCUGGCCUAUCCAUCGGCGUCCUCUCGAUGAUUGUGCCCGUCUACCAGGCAGAGCUCUCGCCACCACACGCGCGCGGCCUUCUCUCAGGAUGGACCCAGUUGAUGAUCUCGGCGGGCUUUUUCGUUGCCAACUGGGUUGGCUUCGGUUGCGAGAAGAUCAAUGGGCAGGCCCAAUUUCGUGUACCUCUUGGCAUCCAGAUCGUCCCAGCAGUAUUCCUUCUCUUGGGGAUGUUUGUCCUGCCCUACUCGCCCCGCUGGCUCGCCUCCGUUGGCCGCACCGACGAGGCACGCGACACUCUUAUCCGACUGCACGGCGGGCGGCGGAAUGCGCGCCUCGACGUGGUCGAGGCCGAGGUUCAGAAGAUGCUCGCUCAGAUCGAAUGGGAGCGCGAGAACGUAUCUACCAAUUACCUUGAUCUCAUUCGCAACCGUCCUAACCUUCACCGUACGCUCUGUGGCGUCCUUGUCCAGGCCAUGUGCCAGUGGACGGGCGUUAACGUGAACAACUACUACUUCUCGACUAUCUACGGGAUGCUCGGCUUCAGCGGGACGCAGCAGCUCAUGAUCUCUGGCAUCUCGGGCGCCUGGGGCAUGAUCGUGACCUGGAUCUUCAUCACAUUCAUCGUCGACCGCAUCGGACGUCGCAGACCGCUCAUCAUCGGUUCAGUGCUGCUUGCAGUCUGCAUGGCGCUGCAGGCCGGUACAAACGCGCCGUUCUCGAAUGCCAAGUCGCGUGGCGAGACGUACGCCAACAAGAGCAUGGGCAUCGCCGGCAUCUGGGCCGUCUUCAUGUUCUCGUGGUGCUUCUCGUGGUCCUUCGGCCCCGUGAGCUGGAUCUACCAGUCUGAGAUCUUCCCCAUGCACAUGCGCGCGCUGGGAACAAGCGUGUCAACGGCCUCCAACUGGCUUAACAACGUUAUCAUCGCUCAGAUCACGCCCUUCGCAUUUGCCAAGCUCGGCUGGCGUUACUUCCUCGUGUACGCGUGCACCUGUGUCAGCAACGCCAUCGUCUCGUACUUCCUCUUCCCCGAGACCAAAAACAAGACGCUUGAGGAGAUCGGGUUGCUGUUUGGCGACAAGGACGUGUACGUCCAUCGCCCGACACUGGAGAACGAGAGCAAGUCGUCGGUUGAGCAUGCCGAGCACAUCUCUGCUUGAUGGACAACCUGAAGUGGACAUUAGUAGCGUACAUUGUGAUCAUGUGUGUUUUUGU